UGGCCAACUAAACAAGGCCUGAUAGUGACAUUGAACUAAGCGCCGAACACCAUACAGACAGCUAAACAACCACGUUCUUGAAAAAAAAAAUAGAAUAACUGCUCCAUUUUUGCAUGCUCUAUUUCAUUUUUCACUCGCACAUCUCCUGCACGUUUAAUUUGCUUUACCAUCAUUAACUUUGAGCACGUUUAGCUUAUUGCCCUUCUUCAGGCACAUGGUACGAGAAGGACACGUUCUUGCAGAUGCAAAUUAAAGUGAGUCUGUUUAAACCAAACUGACAGUAGAGACACUAAAAAUAGACUUCUCAAGGCUAGUAGCAUGGCCCUAUAAAAUCUUUGUCCCGCCAAUUCAGACUUCAGAACAAUCCAACAAGCAAGUCACCACCUUCUUAGCUUCUUCUAUUCCCAUUCCUAUUCAUCAAGCAAAACACUGUCCGAGGGCAGCAGUAAUCCAUCGAUCGAAACCAUGGGAUUCUUCCACAGGAAGACCUCAAAGCAGACCUCGAGGGUCAAGAAGCUCCUCAAGCUCGCCUUGUCGCGCCUCGGCGUCGCCCAGCGUCCCCGCCUUGCUCGCAAGUCGAUCUCUCGCGGUGAUGUCAGCCAACUCCUCGCGCUCGGCCACCUCCACCGUGCUCUCCUACGGGCAGAGCAGGUCAUAGAGGAGGACAGCAUGCUGCAGGCGUUCGACAUCAUCGAGCUCUACUGCAAGCGCCUCAUCGAUCAUGCCGCGAAAUUAGACAAACCACAGGAGUGCAGCGAGGACAUUAGAGAGGCGGCAGCCGGGAUCAUGUUUGCAGCCAGGUGGUGCGGCGACCUGCCGGAGCUGCUGCUCGCGCGCACCACCCUCGAAGAAAAGUUCGGCAGCGAUUUCGCUGUGAUUGCGAAGGAGGGAGCCGGAAUCGUCGAUCCCAUGCUUGUAUGGAAGUUGUCAGGCGACAAGACAAACAUGGAGCUGAAGAAGAAGGUGACCAAGAACAUUGCCGCCGAAAACGAUAUCCUGGUGGACUUCUCCGAGCUCUAGGAGGUAUUUGAGCAGGACGGCGCUGGAAAUGGUCCACACUGAUGAUAAUUCGACCAUGAAACGAUGUGACAAGAAGGCACGAAUGGAAGCUGAAAGUCCGAACACGUCCGUCUUUCCCACAAAGGACGAGUGCCUCUUAGCAUUGGAGUCCGGACUCCAGAGAGCAGCGAGGAGAAUGCAUUUGACAUUUCCAACUCUGCCGGAUCAAACAAUGGGCGGCUGAAACCAACGCUGGUGAACAGGAAGACUGACUUUCAGAAUGAAGACUAUGAGUUCAUGCAGCUCUUGGAAUGUAACAAUUUUUUAUAGCAACGGAUGGAUUGUGCAAGGAGCGAUCGAGGUUCGAAGAUGCGCAUAGCAUGGUUGUUGAUCCUUUUUUGCAUAAA